AAAUAAUUAAAAUAAUGCAAACUGGUACAAGUCAAGGUUAAAGCUCUUAAGAUUGGAAAACAAAAAAAGUAGAUAAUUUUGUUGUAGUUAAUAAGAAAUUAGGAAAAGGAUAAUUUGGAACAGUUUAUCGUGGUCAUUAUAAGGAUGACUAGACAAAACAGGUAGCUAUAAAGACAAUUCCAAUGCAUGUUAAAAUUUAUUUAAUAUUUUUUAUUAGGUUGUAUAGAAUAGUGAAUCAUUAUAGUAACAUAUAAAAAGAGAGAUUGCUAUUCUAACAAAAAUAGAUCAUCCAAAUAUUGUUAAGUUAAUUCAUGUUACAAAGACUAGCUCUAAUUUAUAUAUGAUUUUAGAGUUUUGUAAAGAUGGAGACUUAGCUGAAUAUUUAAAUAAGAAAUUAGAUAAAAGAUUAUCUGAAUUAGAAGCAGUCAUUUUCUUUAAACAUGUUAUAAAGGGAUUUGAAAUAUUACAUUAAGAAAAAGUAAUUCAUAGAGAUAUAAAACCAUCAAAUAUAUUAUUAAAUGAUGGAGUUGCUAAAAUUGCAGAUUUUGGGUUUGCAAGAAUUAUUGAAUCAGAAAUUGAUAAAAUGAAUUUAAGUAGAGUAGGUUCACCUAUUUAUAUGGCACCUUAAAUUUUAGAAGGUACUCAUUUUACUUCUAAAUGUGAUAUAUGGUCUAUUGGUGUUAUGUUUUAUGAAUUAUUAUAUGGAGUAACUCCAUGGAUGGCUAAUGGAUAAUGUGAAUUAUUAGAAAAAAUUACUACUUAAUCUUUAUAAUUUCCAGAAAUACCUGUUAGAAGUCAAAAAGUUAAAAAUUUAUUAAAAAGAAUGUUAACUGUUAAUGAAGCAGAUCGAAUUAGUUGGGAAGAUUUAUUUACAAAUGAAAUUAUUGUCAUUGAUGAAAAUUAAAUUCAUUAUAAUAUGUAAUAGAUGGAAAAAGAAAAAGAUAGACUUAUGAGAUCUAUUAGUCUAAAUAAAAUCUAUAUUAAUCAAAAUUUAAUUCUUGGAUACAUGAAAGAUAUUAAUAAAAUUGAUGAAGAAUAAUCUGAAAAUUAAACCAAUACUUAAUAACCUAUUUAUAAUGAUAUUUUUUAGUAAUAUAAUGCAGAAUCUGAAGAAUCAAAAACUAUCUAAAAAUUAAAUACUAUUUGUAAAUAUGAAAGAAAUUUAGCAUUCUUUUACAGUUUUCUUAUACAAGGACUUUUUGCUAUGUUAUAACAAAAUAUUAUGCCUAUAUCUAUUGAAUUAUGCUUUCAAUUAAUUUUUUGUAUCUCUAAAAAUCAACUCAUCAAAAUGGAAGAACUCUAUAGAGAAAUUACUAAAUCUCAAAAUCCAGAAUAUGAAAUCUAUAUGCGAUCUCAUGAAUUCAAAUAAAUGUGUAAACAUCUACAAAUGGAUAUCGAUUAAGCUAUGAAAUUCUUUGUUGAAAUUUUAAGAAAAUGUUUAAGUCUAUAAAAUUAAGCCAAAUAAAUCGUUCUUAACGAAUAAACCAAAGAAUUCUAUUAAUAAUAUUUAAGCAUUUUAGAUAAUAGUUUGACUUUAACUGAUUAAUUCUAAUCAGUCUAUUAUGGCACUGUUAAACUCGUAUUAGAUAAACUAACCUAAGAUACUGUAGAAUUAAUGAAACUUAAAUUUUAUUUAAAUAUUUGUUUGAAUCCUAAAACCAUAUUUACUGAUUAUAAUUAUGAUUUCAGUAGAUUUUAUGAAGAAAUUCAAUAUGCAACAGCAGAAGAUUGGAAAAAAGCUUUAAAAAAGUUCAAUUGA